AUAUAGCAAAGAUAAAACUUUUUUUUUGUUGAUUUUUCUUCCUCUUUAUAGGCACACGUCUAAUGACGUGACAUGGUUGCGGAUGAAAAAUCCCAUCUCGGUCCGUCUUCCUUUGAUCAAAAUAGCUGUGAUUGGCAAACCCCCGAACGAGUGGAAAGAGAUGAAAGUAAUAAAGAAAAUCCUUGUUAUUUCAAUCACGAGAUUCUGCACGAGCGGACAUAGAAUCCCCUUUGAAAAGAAGACAGAUUCAUAAAUAUUGAGUACACACCUUAGAAGUCCUUUUGUUCAAACAAGUGAUCUUCAACUGUUGCGGCGCAUUCGACAGAUCUCGCCGAAAGAAUUACCUAAGGUGCCCGAAAGACACAUGAUGUUUGAUUUACGUGACGAAGCCAUGUGCAGCAUCCCAUCCAAAAAGUAAACAAUAUCACCAUGGCGACGUGUAACAUGUCGAUCCUAGCACCAGCCAAGCAGCCGUUUCUUUAUAGUCCAAAGAAACGGGCAGGAUCCACGACAUCAGCAGUAUACAUAUGGAAACGUAUUAUACCCCUUUCCUGAGGAACAUACGUCUACAAGAUCUCGCUCACGAUAGAACCUCAAAAUCGAUUUAUUUUUUUCUUUUUUGUUCUGUCUACUCCUUUUUCACGUUUGCCCGACUACUGUUUAUUUCUCUGCCCCUACGAAGAAGGCAACAAUACGGGCCCUGAUGGAGCCAGCCAGCGGGACUCCCAACACGUGUAAUAAGGAAAAAGAAGCGGCGAGAAAAAAAAAAUAGCCAAGUAAUUGGAUGAUACGAGUAGUACUCACACAGCAAAGGGGCAACAGCAGGCGUCAUUUCACUCACUGCAAAAUGAGAGCAAGAGGAAUGAUUCGAUGCGGAAUGAAUCGGGAACGAAGCUUUUUCAUAGUUGAGCUCUCGUGUUCACGCUAGCAACAGCAGCAUAGCAUCGGUUAGGUACAUUAAAUUGGAUACGUUUCCAGGAUGGAAGAUUUCCGUCAAAAUAUAUGGGUGGUGUAAAGAAAAGUUUCUUCCACUAUCGUAUAACCCUCGUGAUUUUUAAUCCUGUUGGAAAAGAUUCUGUGGAAGAUUAUAAUAAAUUGAAUUCUGAAUUAGGAUUAAGACGGUACAAUGCCAGUUCUCAAAGACCGAGUAUAAAGUAUGUAGCUGAUAAAAAAAACAUGAGAAAAUGUGAGCAGUCCAUAAAUUCAAUGAAAACAAUGAACAACUAAUAUUGGUCCUCCAUGAUAACUCAGGCCAUUGAUCUUUCUGACGUUACGUUAAUUAGACAGGAAACCUGCUGCUUCGAAGGCCUUAUCCUAUGCUUUUCGUAAGACGGUCUAGGCGCAUGCCCUUAAAUCUCGUAGCCGCUAUAAAGACUAGUAUGUUUAGCAGAAGCGUAGAAAGUGAGAUCCACACAGCAUCAGUCAAUCAGAUAAGGCGGUACUUGAAACAAAGUCUUGCACGACGAUUUCUCUCCAUUGGCUCGUGCUCUAUUUGUCAACGCAUCAUAACAGGACGCCAAACCUCUUCACCCCUUUACGUCAAAGAGAUGAAUUUCAACGGAAGUCGAGCAAGCGUCAGCCAAGACCUGAUGGAGCGAACAUUGGAAAAAUACGUCUGGCGGAAUGCAGUCGACUGGAUAAAUUCGAGUAUCGAUCGUCGUAACGACUCUUUGAUACCAUCAUUUGAUGAUGGUGACGAUUCGUUUUGGACCAAAGAACAGCUGAUCUUGAUUGAAAAUUUCCCGGCAAAUGCGUUUAUCGUUAUGGGAUUGAUCGUCUCAGUUAUCGGCUUCAUCGGGCUUAUGGCUAAUGGAAUGGUUUUACUCAUCUUUUCGAGAUUCAAACGAUUACGAUCACCACCAGCCAAUACGUUCAUCAUCAAUUUGGCGCUUAGUGACAUGUCAGCAUCAGCCCUUCACUCAAUGGCUGCUUAUUCAAAUUUCAAUGGACGGUGGGCCUUUGGACGAUUAGGAUGUGAACUCUACGGAAUGGGAAUCGGCUUUUUCGGACUUGUUUCAAUUCUGACAUUCAGCGCCAUUGCGUACGAACGGUGUCUUGCCAUUGCUGGUCCAGCCACGAGGUCGUCAGUGGGUUUAGCAGAUGGACACUGGAAAGUGACUAGAUCUCAAGCUCAAAAAGUGUGCGGAUUCAUUUGGCUCCAUUGCGGAAUGCUCGUCUGUUUGCCUUUCUUCGGAUGGUCCGCAUACGUUCCAGAAGGACUGCUCACAAGUUGUUCGUGGGAUUACACGACGCGGACAGCAUCCAACCGGGCAUACUACAUUCUACUCCUCACCACUGGAUUCUUGCUUCCCUUGUUGCUAAUUUGCGCAAGUUAUGGACGCAUUAUGGCAUCUGUCAUGUGGCACGCUCGUCAAAUGGUUUGCAUCAAUUCGAAAAACAGCGCCUUCCGCAAAUUGCGUCGACAGACAGAAAUCCGAACAGCUCAGAUUGUUGUGACGCUCAUCCUUGUUUACCUGACAGCCUGGACGCCCUACGCUGUCGUAACGCUCAUCGGACAAUUUGGUUCAGAAGAUUCACAACUUUUGUCACCCAUGGCAACAGCUAUUCCGGCCUAUUUCGCCAAAAUAGCCGUCGUGCUAGAUCCUUUAGUUUUCGGAUUUUCUCAUCCGCAUUUCCGUAACUCGCUCAGGCAUUACCUGGCCAACUUUGCUGAUUACAACAAAAAAUCAAGUUCAGGUGUAGGACACAAUCGUGGCGGAAUUGAAUUGUCUCUGCAUCAACACGUGAAUAGCAAAAGUUGGCCGGGGGGACGUCAAAACAGAAGUUCCUAUUGCAGCAGCUACCAAUCAAGAGGCAUGACUAUCUAUCCAACAGCAAGCGCUUUUUGUCGAACGUUGCAUGGCGUCGGUGGCGUCGACAGUAAAUCAACAAAUCAGCGUCGAAUGCUUAGAACUUUUCGCGAUUUAUCAGUCGACUCCGGUGUCAAUUUUAGAAAUGGUGCCAUGCCACCUAUCGGCCAAGUUAAUAAUCGAAGUAAGGUGAUGUCUAAUGGCGGUGAUUUAGAAAUGUGCAACAACGCAGUGGCUGUUGUAUCACAAAUUCAAGAAGGUGGACAAAUCAAUAAAGCCAAUAAUCAGGACGAUGCGAUAAGUAAAGAAGUGCGUCGCAUAUCUGCUUCAGCUAAUCGUCAACUUGUUCAACAGUUAACGGUUGUUAAUAAUUUCAAGCGUGUGCAUAAUGCCGAGUUCCAUGGUGACUGUCCAGCCGACUUAUCUGAAGCGGUCGUUGAAGGUCAACCGGACGUUAGCCGCAUGUGAUUUGGACGCGUGACAACGUUGCGUGAUAUUUUCUUUCGUGAUAUUUGGACUCAGAACAAUUGUUAGCGUCCUUUAUUAUUUUGAACGAAAUAUUUAAAUUUACUGUUGCACAGCCCAGUCAGUACGAUGGAUUUUCGUAUGUUCCUAUUGAAUGAAUUUUUUUCAUUCUGGGAUUUGUCCAUUUCUAUUGUACUUUUCUAUGCAUAUAAUAUUUGAGUCAUUUGCGUCUCUGGGAGAAUCCGUUAUAUCCCUAUAGUAUGUGCGUAGAGGGUUUGGUAGAAAUUCUGUGAUUUUGUUUUAUUUAUUUAUUGUUCAUUCCCCCCACCCCAUCACGUUUAGUGUUCAUAUAUUAUAUUUGCCUUUCACGUCUGUAAAUACUGUAGGUAUAUCUCACAAGGCAAUUUUUUUUAUAUCGCCAUUCUUUCCCAAUCUUGAAUACCUCAGAAAAUUCCGUUUGACUAAGGUCGCAGAAAAAAAAAAAAGAAAAUGGCCUAAAGUC